AGAAAUUUGAGGCAUUUGUAGAUGUGAAAAACUGAAGUCCAAAGAGAGACAAGACUUGCCCAACAUCACACUCCAGUUGAGAUACAGGCAGAACUGGAUCCAAGUCCUCCAACAUGCAAGACUUGCACCACUUUGUCUUUAGUUCUUGCACAAGCAUCUUGCCCUGAGGUGGAGCCAGGAGGAGGUAGACACGUGCCACACCAUCCACCCCUCUUCCUUCUCUGACUCAGAUCCUCUGGCCUCCCCAGGGCCACAGAUGUUAAUUUGGGGAUCUUAUUAUGUGCUGGCAGCAGAAACAUGAGGAUCCAGAGCUUCCUACUCCUGGUGGCCCUCCUGGCUUUGGGGAGCCAAGUGCCUGCUGCCUCUGGCAGGAGAAAAGGAGAGAAACAUGGGGGCUGCCCACCAGACGAUAAACCCUGCCUGUCAGUGCCUGACCAGUGCACAAGCGACAGCCAGUGUUCCUCAGGCAAGAAGUGCUGUCCCCAAGCUUGUUUCCGCCAGUGUGUCCCCAGGGUCUUAGUAAAGCCAGGCAGCUGCCCUAAGGACCAGUUGCGCUGCCUCAGUCCUGUGAAGCACUUGUGUAGCUGUGACUCUGACUGCCCACGAGGGAAGCGGUGUUGCCCAGGUGCCUGUGGCCGGGACUGUCGAAACCCUACCAGAGGCUAAUUCUGGUAUAGGACCAUGGCUUGGAAUCCCCAGCAGGAAGAACCAAGGACCUGGGCACCCAAAGAGAAUUAUCUCUGCCGGAUCCAACCAGAGAGACACCGACCCAUUGUGACUUCCCUGCAACACAUUUGCCUCGGCUUCUCCUCCUGGGAGUUGAGGUCCAUAGCCUGACCUCCAAGGCACUCCUCUUUAUCACCUUAGGACUCAUACCACUGUCGUGCUGAGCUUCCCACCCUUUUGAGUGCCCAUUUUCACACCUCUCUGCACAUUCUGUCUGCCCCUAAAAAGCCCAACUCAGGUGGGCCCCUGCUUGUGGAGCCCAGACUCCAGAAUGCAAAUCCUAGCAGAAUCUCUAAACAUCAGGCCAUUCACACACACACACACACACACACACACUUUCACAAUUUCCCUCUGUUGCAUGUUGCCCUAUGCUACUAUUUACUUAAUGCUUCCCUUUACACAAUUCA